AGAAAAACUGCCAUCUGAAAUGAAAAGUUAAGUGACCUUAGUUUUUCUCUUCCUUGGACGGGGGUUUGUGCCAUUUCGAGCAAUACUUGGUACCAAUUUCUAUUGAGCUGAACUUACAAAAUCUGCAGCAUUUUGAGAGAUUCAAUGUGGAAGAAACAAAAGAAUGGAGUUGAAGAAGAAGAAGAAACCCUAGAUGAUCGUAUCAGUCACUUGCCAGACGCACUUUUGGUACAAAUUCUGUCUCUUUUGCCUACAAGGGAUGCGGUCAAAUCAUGUGUUGUCUCAAAGAGGUGGCGUUAUCUCUGGACUUCUAUUUAUAACUUCCUUUUCAUUGAUGGAAAUUACAAUAAUGUCGAAAAUUUCAUAUCCUUUGUGGACCACGUUUUAACUCAUUCCACUUGUUCCAAAAUCAAGAAAUUCCAAGUGGAUUUUCAUCACAGAGACUGGGAAUUUGAUUCCAAAAUUAGCCAAUGGCUUGGUUUUGCUGUGGAAAAAAAAGUGGAAGAUGUUGUGUUACAUUCAUGUCUAUUUGCUUACAAUCUCUCUUACGAAUUGCCUCUAAGUAUGUACACUUGUUCGUCACUGAUUACACUAAAUUUGAGCUGUUGGGUGUUUGAUAAAGCACUGACUAUAGCUUGGAACUCUCUGAAGAGCCUAAAGCUGGACUCAACAGAGUUAGAAGAUGACUACAUUGUGAAAUUACUGUCAAGUUGUCCUGCUUUGGAAACUAUGGAGCUGUCAUUUUGCGAGGGUUGUCGUCGUCUAGAAAUUACGUCUUCCAAUUUAAAGAGGCUUACUUUGAAAAACCGUUUGUAUUUUUCGUUCGGAGGAGAUGAAUCUUUGGAAAUUUUUGCCCCACAUAUUCAGCAUUUGGAUAUUUCAGGAGAUCUUGGAGAACUCAAGUGUAGACUAGUAGAUGUCUCCUCUUUGGUUAUUGCCAGCCUCACUUUUAGCAUGAGAUGUAUCACUGACUACUUGGAGGAAGAUGAUAUUGAGGAAGACAGUUGUUAUGAUUAUCAUCAAGAUAUCAGAAACCUUAUUUUGGACUAUCUUGAAAAGUUGAGUUAUGCGACUGAGCUAAUAAUUGGAGGAUGGUUUGCACAGGCCGUGUUCAUGAUGAAACUUGAAGGAGUGAUGCUUCCAGAAUUGAGAUGCAAAUGUCUAACUCUAAAGUUGCAUGUAUCGGAGCAUAAUCUGUAUGGAAUAGCCAGUCUUUUGCACACAUCGCCUCUUUUGGAGUCACUCAACAUACACAUCGAAUCUCAGUUUAAUGAUUCCUCCUCCUGCCAGCUUGAGCUAAGCUAUUUGGCCGAAGUGGAUUACAUCAAUUGGCCGAGUUGGAUCCCAAACACUGUGUUUCCCAAUCUCAAGAAUGUUAAGAUUGUUGGCUGCCUAAGAGAAUGUUUGAAGGAUUGGUCUGAAUCGGGCUUUUGUAAGCUUUUCGAACUUUCGAAGUUUCUACUGAAGAAUGCAGUGGCUUUGCAGAAGCUUGUUAUCGUAGCAAAGAGGAGAAAAUGUUGUGAUUGUUCAGAGAGCUGCGUGUCCCGACAUUUAUCACAAUUGGCUAAGAAAUUGUUAGACACCCCAAGAUCAUCAAAAAAUUCUGUGAUUAUUUACCAAGAGUUUUCUUAGGAUGACCAGACUGGAAGUUGUGUUGUUUCGGCUUACUAGAAAAUUUACCUUAUAUUUUAGCUUUUGAAAUACUGCAGAUGUAAUUUUGAACUUGUGGCAUUCCAAAUGUUAUGAUGGUUGCUUGGUGUCUUAGAA